AUGACUGAAUACGUAAGCCUCGCGGUUAUAGAUGCAGCUAUUAAUUUAAGACGGGAAAUAAACGCCUUUUCCUGUGAAUACCAAAGUUUAACACUCAGCAGCUAUGUAUUUAGAGCACAGGAACCACCCCCCAAUGCUUCAGCAAAGCAGCUAAUGCGAAAUUCGCAGAUGCAAAAAGUUCGACAUAAUGCAGCUUUCUACUAUGACGAAACGCUGGUUUAUGUGUGGAAUAGCCCACAAGGAGCACCUCUUAUUAUGCAGAUAGCUGAGGGCAAUAGAGACAUACCACCAGCCGUGUAUAGAAAUUUCAAAAUUGAAACCUACUUGGAAUAUGUACCAGCCCAGAAACUCAAUGAACCAGACUACUAUUUUUUGGUGACCACAAUAAAAUAUAGACACCAGGAGUUUAUUUUAAGGAUUGACAAUGCACCAAAAUUUAAUACUCGAGGCUAUCGAGUCCUUCCUGGAAACUGUAUUACGACUAUGCCAUUUGCUGGCAGAACAGUUAUUAUAUAUCGUAUUAGUCAUCAUCCUGAACAAGUGAAAAGACUGAGCUUUUCAGAAAGAAAUGUAAUUCCAACAGUAGAUGAGAUUAAUAAAUACCAAAUUUUUCACUCAACGCUUCAAUGUCAAGGAUUUCGGAUGAAGUUUUACAUAUUAAGGUUCGGGCACAUUACGGGAGUUGAGCUUGAUUCUAUGGAUGAACACUACGCUAAUAUCCCAUUUUACCAGCCCCUUCAAGAGUAACCUUUAAGGGCCUUCAUGGUAAAUCAGGACUUUCUUUAGAGAAUAACGGUUCACCGUUAUUCUUCUCUGUCUUGCUUGUGGCUUCUUAUAGCACCGAACCGUAAACUGUGCAACUUCGCAGACCUUGCAAGCGCCUCUCUUUCGCCCCCUUGGACCACCUUAUCCAGUAUAUCGCGAUCAGGUAAAACGGGACUCCUUUUACUCAUGUA